CACCACCACCGCCUCCUCCGCCGCCCCAUCAACCUCCAAUACCCAAUGUCAACCAUUAGAGCUCACCCUGUACAAACCCUAAUUGUAUUACUCACACAGAGCCCGUCUUAAUACAAUUCCAUGUCUGCCGUUUCCUCAUCUGCUCCCGAUGGAGCACCACCACCACCGGAGCUCGAACCCUCUACACAUGACCCCCCUCAACCCUCACCGCCCUCUGCUUCUCCACAUAAGAAAACUGCUCCUCUGCCAUGGUCUCACAUGGAGACUGUACACCUAAUCGAAGCCUACCAGGAGAAAUGGUACUCUCUGAAGCGAGGCCAACUCAAAGCCAGCCAAUGGGAAGAAGUCUCCAUCUCUGUCGCUGUUCGGUGCGGCUACGAUGAGCCCUCCAAGACCGCUACUCAGUGCCGCCACAAGAUGGAGAAGCUUCGCAAACGCUACCGCUCAGAGAAACAGCGCUCGUCUCCCUCCCUUUGGCCUUUCUUCAACCAUAUGGAUCGCAUGGAACGCGGGCCUUUCCCCAUCGCUGCGCGUCCCAUCUCCUCUUCCGUUGAUCAUCUGCAUCACAACAGAGACGAUGACAGUGAAGACGACGAUGAGGACGAUGAUGACGACACGAAUAAAUCUCGAAGCAUCAAUCACAUUCUUCGCAGACCACCAAUGGCCUCACGGUAUCCUCCUGCGCAAUGGAGUGUUGGUGGUGGUGGGGGAAUUGGAGUAGGAGGGCCUCCUGGGGUUUCUAGGUUUUUGAGGAAUCCGAUGUUUCGCAAGAGAAAGUCGUUCGAGACGGAUGAGGUGGAGGAACAGGGAGUUGAUCCGAUAUCGGAAUUGGCUUCGGUGGUUAGAGCAUUUGGGGAAGGGUUUGUUCGGAUAGAGAAUAUGAAGAUGGAGAUGAUGAAGGAGACGGAGAGGUAUAGAAUGGAGAUGGAGACCAAGAGGACAGAGAUGAUUCUCGAAUCCCAAAGCCGCAUCAUCGAAGCCAUUGCCAAAUCCCUUGGCUCUCAGAAGUCAAAGAAACCCCAGGAAAUUUGAAGGUUCAAGUUUCAACUUCCUUCCCCCCCCUCCUCUCUCUCGAACAUUUCAGUUUUCACCCCCCCUUUUUCUUUUUCCCUUUAUAUGUCUUAGAUUCUCUCUUUUUGUUGUUUUUCCUAAUAAAGAAUUGCCCUAAGUAUAAUGUGGAUUACACAUUUUGUAUAGUUGAGGAUGCUCUGUGGCUGCUUUAGAGGUGCAAUAAAAUAGUUUCUUGAUU